CUCCCGCCUCUUCCUCGUUCCCGGCUCCCAGGGCCGCCGGUCCCCAGGGAACCCCGCAGGCACAGCCCCACCCGGCCGGCGCUGCUCGCUCCCACGCCCCCGCCGCAGCCUGUCGGGAGCGCACCCAGCGAGCCAGAAGGCGCGGGCGCUGCAGCCCCACAUCUGUGCGUGUCUUACUCCAUUACCCCCAGGGGCUGACAUGGACCCAAAUCCACGAGCAGCCCUGGAGCGGCAGCAGCUGCGUCUCAGGGAGCGGCAGAAGUUCUUCGAGGACAUUUUACAGCCAGAGACAGAGUUUGUUUUCCCCCUAUCCCAUCUGCAUCUCGAGUCACAAAGACCCCCCAUAGGAAGCAUCUCCUCGAUGGAAGUGAAUGUGGACACACUGGAGCAGGUGGAAUUUAUUGACCUUGCGGAUCAGGAUGGAGCAGAUGUGUUCUUACCUUGUGAGGAUUCUCCUCCAACUCCCCAGAGGUCUGGAGUGGAUGACCACCCAGAGGAGCUGAGCCUGCUGGUACCCACGUCAGACAGGACCACAUCUCGGACCUCCUCCUUGUCCUCUGACUCCUCCAACCUGCGCAGUCCAAAUCCAAGUGAUGGGGGAGGAGACACUCCCUUGGCACAGUCUGACGAGGAGGAUGGGGACGGUGGAGGGGCAGAACCUGGACCCUGCAGCUAGCAGAGGCCCCUUACAAACUGAGCGAUCUGGCUGUUCUCCGUGGAGAGGAGACCCUAGGUCCACCAGAGCACUCUGGAGAAGACCUGACACUUUACUUACAUCAGCACCAAAGGGAGGGAAGGAUGGUGGAUGGUGUGCCUGAAAGUUAGCCUCCCCGCUUUACUGAUAACGCUGUCCUGCUGCCACGCCCCCACAGUGCUUUCUUCUGAGGUAGGACUUCCAAGUGAGACUCUAGAAGGUGAGGUGGGACAAGAUGCCACUGUUUUCUUACUCACCUCCUGCCCCCAAAUGAUCCUGUAGUCUCCCACUAGUCUCCUAAGCCAGUGUCUCUGAGGGGAAGUUCUGAGGAGUUCCACUUUGCAGUUAUCCUGCCUCUAUAAGUCCUUUCUGGGAACAGGAUAGGGUAUAAAUAAUAAAUAAUACUGUACCACUCA